AGGGAAAGGGAGGCAGCGGCAGCAGCUAGAGCCGCCGACAUUGCUGAUCAGGUGGCUCUCCUUCGGAUCCCGGAAGCCAAUGCUGACCGGUUUCAGCAGGAACUAGCUGCUGCUGUAGCAGCCCUGGUCCGACUGCGGACCUUGGAAAACCUUGAGUCUCGUAUGACAGCACUUGAGCAGUGGAAUGAAAAGUUGCAGGCUAAAGUAAUUAGCCUUGAACAGACCCAGCUGUCUGCCUCCCGCCCUCCUAACCCUCGGUCUGCUAUAAUCCCAACCUCUCAAGCCAACACAACCCUCGUGCCAAGGGCAAACGGAACUGUGGCAAGCGCAGGAACCGGUGCCAGCUCCUCGAGCGGCAGCCCCGACAGUUCUGCGCUGGUCACGGUCCCGAAUGCAGGGACCUCAACCCAAAACGCCACAGUCCUCACUGGCGUUCAGUACAGCGGUCCCAUGGUGGACAAGCGGGCGGUCACGCUGCCGUCCAAGUACGACGGGAAGGCAGACAUCACCUCUUGGAUUAGUUCCAUGCGGUCGUACUUCGAGGUCAUGCGGACACCGCAAGAGGAUCGAAGUAUGAUUAUGGGGACUAAUACUGAGCCCGCCGUACGAAACCACAUUGAGCUCCAAGCUGUCGCAGCAGGCUAUGAACGCAUAGACCUGACUGAUUGGCUGAAGGUCACCCCUAUCCGCGCCCUUGAGGAUCUUCUCCUUGACCGGUACCGAGAUAAACAUGAUGCGCUCAAGGCUAGGCUGAAGCUUGAGGCCCUCAAGGGCCAAGCAUGGAGGUCAUCCAUGCAGGCUUUGGAACAACACUUGACUGGUCUGUUCACCACUCCGGAUCUGGGAAUGGCUGACGUAUCUUGUAUGGAUGUAGUCAUGGGAGUGGCCUCUAAAGAAUACCUCUCCCUGCUAGCACUCAAGGACCAUGCCACCUGGCGAGAGCUCAUGAAGGACCUAGUCSACCUAGAGGCCAAGGAYCUCGCCAAGCGCUAGAAGGCGCCCGCUGCAGGUGGGAAACCACAACGCAAGCGGUUUGAAAGGAGCAACCAGCUUGCACUGCAUGAACAUCGGGAGGUUGACGAUCAGUCCUAUGCGGAUGAUCUGUCUCGAGAUGACGAUCUAGAGCCGGACUCCG